CCCGCGCCCACGAAUUAAACUUCUUCCGCCGCCCGCCUCCAGUUUUCUUCCCGCGGACCGCCGCCGUCCUUACGAGCUACCUCCUCCUCUCUCUCAUACGCCGGCGACGGCUCCGUUCAUCUCUCUCGCUUCCAUUCGGAGUUUCGUCUGGAGAAAAAAUCUCCCAAAGAGUUUUUGAGCUCUCGUGGAGGUAUCGAGGAGGAAGUGGCUGCAUCUGGUUUCUCUGUUCUGGAACAACUCUGGUUUAGAUGUCACUUCCCCUUAUUUGGUUUCUGGAGUUAUAACAGAGAAGGAAUAAUGCUUUUGGUCUGAAUUGAUGGAACAGAACUUCAUUGCGAUGAGAAUUCAUGCUACUCCUCUUGGGUUCCAAAAUCUGUUGAUAUCUAGUUGGUUACAUAGUUCCUCUCAAUGCCCAAACAAGUUUCAAAUUACUACUAGGUCUUCCUUUUUUCCGAUUCGAUGGAGUAGUUUCAAAAUACCACCAAAGCCCAGGUACCCUUCUGUUUCUAUUGGAAUUUCAAUGUCAAAAGAUCAAUUUGGUCAUAAAUUUAAGAAUAGAGUACAGAAUGUCCCACAUAGAUAUAGCUUGGAACACCAAAAGACAGAAGAUGUUAUGGAAAAUCGAGUAUGCUUGAGUAGCAAGGAGAAGUUGAAAUAUUAUUCAUGGGUGUUGCAUGAAUGUGCAUCAAAUCGAUCUGUAGGUGCUGCAAAAGCGAUCCAUGGGCUUGUCAUCAAGGAAGUGAUUAAUCCAGAUUCCCAUUUGUGGGUUUCGUUGGUGAAUGUAUAUGCGAAGUGUAGGUACUCUACAUAUGCUCGGUUAGUGCUAGCUAAAAUGCCUGAUCGUGAUGUUGUUUCUUGGACGGCGUUAAUUCAAGGCCUUGUAGCGGAAGGAUUUGUUAAUGAUAGUAUUUAUUUAUUUCAGGAGAUGCAAAAUGAAGGAAUCAUGCCCAAUGAGUUCACUCUAGCUACUGGAUUAAAAGCAUGUUCUUUGUGUAUGGCCUUAGAUCUUGGAAAACAGAUGCAUGCUCAAGCUUUUAAACUUGGAUUAUUACUAGAUUUGUUUGUUGGAUCUGCACUUGUUGACCUUUAUUCUAAAUGUGGAGAGAUGGAACUUGCGUCUAGAACGUUCUUUGGUAUGCCUGAGCAAAAUGAAGUGACAUGGAAUGUGCUACUCAAUGGUUACGCUCAAGCGGGCGAUGGGGUUGGAGUCUUGAAGUUAUUUUGUUGUAUGAUGGAAUCAGAUGUGAAGUCUAGCAAGUUCACGUUAACUACGGUACUAAAGGGUUGUGCAAACUCAAAAAAUUUACGACAGGGGCAGGUAAUCCAUUCCCUGAUUAUCAAAUAUGGGUAUGAAGGCGAUGAAUUCUUAGGUUGUGGUUUGGUCGAUACGUACUCGAAGUGUGGGAUGGCAAUUGAUGCAUUAGAAGUUUUCAAAAAGAUUAAAAAGCCUGAUAUAGUUGUUUGGAGUGCCAUGAUUACAUGCCUUGAUCAGCAAGGACAAAGCGACGAAUCAAUUAAGUUAUUCCACUUAAUGAGAUCGAGUAGUACUAGACCAAACCAUUAUACUAUUUGCAGCCUCGUAAGUGCCGCUACAAAUAUGGAAGACUAUCGAUAUGGCCGAAGCAUUCAUGCUUGUGUUUGGAAAUAUGGAUUUGAAACUGAUAUUUCAAUCAACAAUGCAUUAGUCACAAUGUACAUGAAAAGUGGAUGUGUGAAUGAGGGUGCAAGGUUGUUUGAAUCGAUGAUCGAACGAGAUUUGGUUUCGUGGAAUACAUAUUUAUCUGGAUUUCAUGACUCUGGAAUGUACGAUCGUUCACUUACUAUCUUUGGUCACCUGUUAGAGGACGGUUUUAUACCAAACAUGUAUACUUUUAUCGGUAUUUUAAGAUCGUGUUCUUGUCUUUUAGAUGUGCACUUUGGGAGGCAAGUACAUACCCAUAUAAUUAAAAAUGAUCUGGAUGAUAACGAUUUUGUUCAAACAGCUCUGAUUGACAUGUACGCCAAGUGUAUGUGCAUGGAAGAUGCUGAUGUAGCUUUCAACAGGUUAAGUUCUAGAGAUCUUUUUACUUGGACAGUUAUCAUUACGAGUCAUGCACAGACGAACCAGGGGGAAAAGGCUCUUAGUUAUUUCAGGCAGAUGCAACAGGAAGGUGUGAAGCCGAAUGAGUUCACGCUUGCUGGCUGUUUGAGUGGUUGCUCGUCUCUUGCUUCUCUAGAAGGUGGACAACAACUACAUUCCAUGGCUUUUAAGAGUGGACACUUAAGUGAUAUGUUUGUUGGUAGUGCCCUUGUCGACAUGUACGCAAAAUGUGGUUGCAUGGAAGAGGCUGAGACGUUAUUCGAAGCUUUGAUUUGUCGAGAUACAGUUGCAUGGAACACCAUUAUAUGUGGAUAUUCACAAAACGGGCAAGGAAAUAAAGCUCUCGAGGCGUUUCAGAUGAUGUUAGACAAAGGCACAUCGACCGACGAGGUCACCUUCAUAGGCAUUCUUUCUGCAUGCAGUCACCAAGGCUUAGUCGAAGAGGGCAAAAAACAUUUCAACUCUAUGUAUAGAGAUUUUGGUAUUUCUCCGACCGUGAACCACUGUGCUUGUAUGGUUGAUAUUCUAGGCCGUGUGGGAAAAUUCGACGAGCUCGAAGAUUUCAUUAAAAAAAUGCAACUAUCACAGCAUGCACUGAUAUGGGAGACUGUCCUUGGAGCUUGUAAAAUGCAUGGCAAUUUGGCUUUGGGUGAGAAAGCUGGAAACAAACUCAUUGACCUUCAACCGGAGAAGGAGACUAAUUACAUAUUACUCUCGAAUAUUUUUGCAACCAAAGGAAAGUGGGACGAUGUCAAAAGAGUUCGAACUUUGAUGUCUAGUAAAGGAGUUAAAAAGGAGCCAGGGUGUAGCUGGGUCGAGGCUAACGGUCAAGCUCACACGUUCGUGUCUCAUGAUUGUUCACAUCCACAAAUUCAGGAAAUACAUCUAAAGCUAGAGGAGCUUGAUAAAGAACUUACUGCCGUAGGAUAUGUGCCCAAAACUGAAUACGUGCUUCAUAAUGUUGAAGAAACUGAAAAAAGGGAAUACCUUCGAUAUCACAGUGAAAGAUUGGCCCUUGCUUUUGCUCUUAUAAAUACCAGCGCAACGAAAAAAAUUCGUAUCUUAAAAAAUCUACGUAUUUGUGGAGAUUGCCAUGAUGUCAUGAAGCUUUUAUCGAGUAUCACCGAUCGGGAAAUAGUUAUUCGUGAUGUUCAUAGGUUCCACCAUUUUAAGAGUGGUGCUUGCUCAUGUAAUGAUUUUUGGUAAUGUGGCUUCGCCGUGGUAUCUAUUAUGGAGUCGGUUUAUUGUAUUUGAUACAAAGGAAGCUUGCUCCGGAUAUCACAGCUUCUGGACUAAAGAAACUUGGUUUUUUUUAAGGGUUUUGCCUAUCCAGCUGCAACUUGCUAGCAUCACGGGGAGGAUUGUAGAUGUUGCAGGCCGUUUAGACGGGCUGUUGCAAACUGCCAUCAUACCCUUUCCUCAACCUCUGCAACAUAGGCUUUUGCUCAUAACGUUAUUAUUAGUUUCCAUGUUAGAUUCGAGAUUCUUGGUUCAAUGAGGUAGACAUGUAUACUAAUGGGUUCGCAAGCAUGUGUAGGCAAAUCCGAGCACGGUCUAUCACGAAGCUUAGAGGCUUCUUGCCAGGAAUCCUAUGCAUACCAUGGCCAUUCCCUGUAGAACCAGACUGGGUCGUUCCAUUGUUAAAAUCUUCUUUGAGCUGAGCCUCAUUUUUGGUGUUGAGCCUGUGGUCUGUCCCUGAUACCAUGACUUGGAUAGAACACUCCCAUCUCACUCACCAUGAAUAGAUAUAAAUCCAGAAUCAUUUGUGUGUUUUGCAGUCCAAGAUGUUCUCGCACAAUAGAUUAUAAUCGUAGGAUGUGAUGAUUUACGAGUCGUUGGUUGAUCUGAUCGUGACCCAAAUAUGCAACUCGGGAGGGUGGAAAGGACAAGAUAUAAAACAAUAUAACUUACUCUUAGAGCCGAUCUCCCAUUGUAUACCAGAUGUCUCAUAUCUGCUUGAGAAAGAGUCUUCGAUAUAACAUAUUGAAGCCACAUGCCCCUCAUGUAACAGUCCAAGCCCACCGCUAGAAGAUAUUUUCUGCUUUAGCCCGUUACGUAUCGCCGUCAGCCUCGCGAUUGUAAAAUACAUCUACUUGGGAGAGAUUUUCACACCCUUAUAAGGAAUAUUGCGUUCCCGAUCUCACAUCUCACAUGUAGGAUUCAUUUUAGGAAAGGCUCAAAAUAGGUAGCAAUUGCAUAUGCACACAGACAAUGGACGUGAAGUUGGGAAGUUUGUAUCGAAAUCACAAAAAUAUCUUAGACGACAACGGUUUUGUAAGUUGAUCAACAAGUUGAAAAUAUUGAUGCUCAAUCCAUUCAGUUACGAAAUUGUGAAUUA